AGAAUUUAUAUAUUAAAUAAAAAUCUUAUGGAGGAACACAAACCUGUUGAGAGAGAACUUACAGAAGAAGAAAGAUAAAAAUAUGAUCGAGCUGGAUUUAUUGGACAUUAAGUUUAGAAGAGGUAAUCUAAUAUUAAAUGUAUUUCUAGAUUAUUGGCAUCUAAUAUACUAAUUAUCAAUAUGACAGGUAGUAAUACUGAAUUAGCCAAAAAUUUAAUAUUAGCAGGUGCCAAUAUAACCAUUGUUGAUAAUUAAGUAAUAAAUGAUAGAGACACAGAUACUAAUUUCUUAUUUACAAAAUAAUUAUUAGGAGAAAAAGUACUCUAUUUAUUGGUUAUUCUAUUAGAGGGGUAAAAUUGCUUAAGAAGAACUUAAAAUGAUAAAUCCAUUGGUAAAAAUAGAUUGGUUAGAACAAUUACCAAGUGAAGAUGAUCAUGUGAUUUGGUAUUAGUACAAUGGAUUGGUUACAUCAACAACAGAUUUUGAUGAGAUGAUUAAGUAUGAUAAUUUUUCAAGAAAAAAUAAUAUUCCAUAUUACAAUCUCGUUUGUUGUGGAUAUUAUGGUUUUAUGUAUGUAGGAUUGGGAUAAAAAUUUACAUAUGAAAGAGAGAAGAAAAUUAUAUUGUAAAUAGUAUUUGGAAAAAAAUUAGAAGAUUAAGAUAGAUAUAGAGAAUUUGAAGAAGUCAUUGCUCAUUCUGUACCACUUGAGGAAACAUUGAAUUACAAUUACAAACCUUAAGGAAUGAUAAUAAAUAUUAUUUAUUAUUGUAUAUUGAUGAUGAAAAAAGCUUAAGAAAUUCCAGAAUUGAAAGCUUAUGAUCCUUAUUAACCAAAUGAUGAAUUGUUAGAUAGAUUUACAUAGAUAGGUAAGGAGAUAUUUAGAAAUGCUAAUGGUAAAGAUGCAACUGAAGAAUAAGUAGCUACAUUUAGAAAUUUUGCAAGAUUAUAUGGAGUUGAUUAUUGUCCAGUCUAUUCUGUUAUUGGUAGUGUGGCAUCAUAGGAAUUGAUAAUAUCAACUAGUAGAAUAAAUGAACCAGCUUUGAAUUGGUUUUGUUAUGAUAGUGAAUAAUGUUAUGGUUAAGUGGAAGUGAUUUAAGAUAUAAAAUCAUUCUAAAUUAGAGAUUUACCUGAGAGAAAACAAUUGAUUCCAAAAGAAUGAAAUUAUUAUAUAUAUAUUAAAUACAUA